AUGGCAAGUUUUAUCGGUGCAAAUAGACACUAUUGGCCUCGUGGAAAAGUUCUCGGAGGAUCAAGUGUUAUUGGUUCACCACAUAUCCUCAUGCUAUCAGGAAUAGGUCCUCAGAAACAUUUGGAGAGUUUAAGUGUAAAUAUUAUUAUUACACAACCAAACUUAGCAUUGUUUAGACUUAAUGACACAUUUGUCAGAAAUGUGUUCAAGAAAGGAUUUAAGAAAGGUUUCACUUUGAUUCCAAUAGUGUUGCAUCCUCGGAGUCGUGGCACGAUAACAUUAAAAAGUACCGAUCCGUUUGAUUACCCAAAUAUUGAUCCGAAUUAUUUAGACCACACGAAAGACAUGGAGGUCUUAAAGAGAGCAAUAAAGAUAUCGGAGAAAUUGCUUGAGACGGACAGUUUUAAGCAAAUAGGGACUCAUUCCGACACUUACAAGAAUGCUGUUUUCUGUGCAAUGCAUGAAUAUAAGUCGAAUGCAUUUUAUGAAUGUCUGAUAACGAAUUUAGCUCACACUGCUUAUCAUCCAACAUCAUCUUGUAAAAUUGGUUCAGACACAGACCCUGAAGCCGUCGUUGAUCCUGCGUUGAAAGUGAAGGGAAUAGAAGGCCUUCGUGUGGCAGAUGUUUCUAUAAUGCCCAAAGUCAUUUCUGGGAAUAUAAAUGCGCCAACUAUAAUGAUAGCGGAGCAGGCGGCUGAUAUGAUCCGUGGCAUAGACUCGGUGAAAAACAUACGAAGACGUAGCAGUUAA